AUCUAAUCCAAUGUGCUUCCAUUUCAGAAUCACGUUCCAUCUCAGAUGACAAUCUUCUGCCCCUUAUGGAUGAGAACGAGAAGGAAAUCAACCGGUUGUCGACCUUCCCCUUCCCGCCGUGCCUCAACUCCAUGAACCGCCGCUUCAACACGGAGUUCGAGCUGGACUCCUGGGGCAGCGACGACAACGACAACACCUCAGGAGCCCCCAGCGAGCCGUCGCUCUGUGACUCCUUGAGCUCCCUGAACUCCCAAGUCUUCUCCCCCGGCCUGGCCGGCCUGCCCCCGACCCCGCAGCCCAAACCCUGGCCUGCUGCCCCAGGGCUGAAGCCAGUGUCCCCGUCGUCCAGUCCGCCUAUCGCGGUCAAGCAGAGGCAGUGCAGCUUUGACGAUGAUGUCACUCUGGUGGGAGGGAACCAUACGGGCGUCUUCGUCAGUCAUGUGACCCCCGGGUCACACGCCGCCAGCUGCGGCCUGCAGGAGGGCAGUGAGCUGCUGGAGCUGCAGCAGGUCCUGUCGGGCGGGGGCAGUUUGCUGCUGUCUCAGUGCACAACGGAGGUGGCCCACUUCUCCCUGCAGUGGUGGACGCAGCCCGCCUCCCUGAAGCACCGCGCCAACCCAGAGGCCUACGCCACCCUGUGCUCCCAGCUGGCCGCGCCCUCCUUCCUGGGCGCUGACUCCUUCUACGUCCGGGUCAACCUGGACAUGGACCCCAGCGGGGACGUCCCCUUCCUGGGGGCGCGCUGUGAUGACAUCAUGCACGUGACGGACACGCGCUACCAGGGGAAGUACCAGUGGCGCUGCUGCCUGCUGGACCGCUGCACCGCCCAGCCGCUGCUGGCCGGGGCCAUGCCCAACUACAACAGGGCCCAGCAGCUGCUGCUGCUGCGACUCAGAACCAUGGCCUCGAAGCAGAAGAACUUCAAGAAGAAGGUGCUCUCCAGGAAGGCGGUGGCCCGGCGGGUGCGUCUGGUGAAGGCCGUGGCUCCGGGCGCCGGGGGCCCGUCCACCCAGGUCCUCUACACGCUGAGCCACCGCCAGGAGGAGCAGCUGAUCCCCUACAGCCUGGUGCAGCCGGUGCAGGCGGGGGCGCGGCGGCCAGUUCUCUUCUCCCCCUCGCCGCUCUCCAGGGGGCUCAUAGAGCAGCUGCUGCAGCCCGCCAUGUCCCAGCUGCAGUUCAACACCUGCCCUCCAGAACCCAUCCCGGCCACCGAGAGGUGCCAGAAACACGUGUUUAUGCUGAACCCCUCGAUUCCAGACGACUCUCUGGGCAUCAGGCUGCAAUCCAUACAAGACAUCGUCAGCCAGGAUAAGCACUGUCUGCUGGAGCUCAGCCUGGCCAAUGUGCAGGGCCUGCUGAAGCAGGGAGUGUACCCAAUCGUCAUCCACAUCCAGCCCAAGAACAAGAAGUACGGGAGACUGAAGAAGUGGUUUCCCCAGUGCGGAGAGGAGAAGUUGAUUGAGGAUCUGUGUCGGAGGGAGGAACUGCAGCUGGAGACUCUUCCACUGUUCCACCACACGCUGGAGCCCAGCCGCUGGAGCAGCACGGACGACCUGCUGUCCGCCAUCCGCAGUGCCAUCGACAGCCAACAGAGGGCUGUAGCCUGGGUGGAAUUUGAGAGACUGCAGUAACCGCAGCCGGCCGCCAUACGCAGUGCCAUCCAGGACCAGCAGAGGGCGGUGGCGCGGGUGGAAGUACCGUCCUUAGCCAGUAGAGGGCACUGGGAUUGGUGGAACUGGACAGACUUCAGUAACUGCAAGGCAGGUUAUUGACCAGUAAGCGACACAUGCACCUCGCCCACAGAAAAGUGAAAUGUGGCAUUUCAUAGGAUUUAAACCACUGCAGUCUUUUUUAAUCAAACGACUGCAAAACCUUUGUUUGUAGAUAGAUUAUCGGAUGUGUUAUUGUCCUAUUGCGGUUGCUAUAUAUGUAAAUUCAUUCAUUUAAAUUAAUAGGGCUAUUGGCACAACAGUACCAAUACUUCGUACUGUUUUGUUCUGGUGCUGACAGCGGCUGGCACAGUCCACCAGAACAGACGUUCUCACAGAGCCUUUCACUCACUCUGGCAGCGUCUUUAGAGGGCCAUGUGGGUAGAUUACCAGGCUGUAUACCUCAAAGAUUCACUCAGGUGUUAUUCUCAUCCAAUCCAGAACCGGCCAAGGAAAUAACUCUUUGGAUCUGUAUUUUUUUAAUCUGUUGACCAGGUUAAAGUUCAAAUUGUUUCACCUUGUGUUUGUUCAAAUGCACAACAUUAAAACUUUGUUUUUUCUA